UUUCUUUAACCCCCAAAUUGCUUUUCUUCUUCUCUACUCAUACCUUCUCAGCUUCUCUCUAAACCUUCCUUCCUUCGUCCAUCUCUCUGUCUCUCUCUAUACGCCGACGCAAACCAUUCAAUCUUUCUCUCUUCGGAGUAUUUGGAAUUGAAACUAUAUGUUCGGUUUUGGAGAUGAGUUUAUGAUAGAUAGUUACAGACGUCCAUGGCUUCUAUGGAUCCAACUACUGGUCCUCUUCCUCCUCCUCUUCCUCCUCUAUUGCUUCACUGUAUUCACUUCGGAUCUCUCAGAUGACGCCACCACCGCCACCGCCACCGCCUCAGCUUCUCGUUCUUCCAUGUCUAAUUUGGGGAAACCGAUUGUCAACAAGCACGGGAGCACAGCUGUUACAAGUCAUAGACAAAAUUUUCAGGUCGGAGAGAUCCAAAGCAUGAAAGGAGAGAUAGCGACGAGGAUGAGCAGAAGAAUGGUGAGAGGAGACAUUGCAGAAAGGGAGGGCUCUCCAGUAAAGAAUGCAACUCUUUUGUUUCUCCACCCAUGCCACUACUUUAGGCUUGCUAGAUGGGCAUUUCUAAAAUGUUUUGGUAUCGACGCCAACUCUGAGAAUUCUACUACAGGAGAAAACAGAAAAGAUAGAUAACGAAUGGUCAUUCUUCAUCUUCUCAUCCUCUAAGGUAUAGCUUGAAAGGUAUGUACAGGAUAAUGAUGAAGAUGAUGAUGCCACUGGUCCACUUAAUCCAAGCCUUAAAGCAAUGAGGAUGGUGAUUCUUCAGCCACAAAAGGUAAGGGACAAUGUAAAACUAGGUUUUUCUAGAUAUAUAUAUAUUAUACACAGGGCAAUUUCAUAUUCAUACCAAUCCCUGUUCGACAAUGUGAAGUAAUAUCUGGAAUCCUCACCAUCCCAAUAUUAAUUUAAUCUUUUUCCCCAGAAUUUUCUUUCUAUUAUCCUCAUCAAAUUUACAAUCCUAUAUGUCCUAGAGAAGGUAUUUUGCUAUGUUUUUAUGACAUUACCAUGUUUAGACUGAUUUGCAUGAAGAAAGAAACACUUGUUGACCA